UUUUUUUUUGCAAGCUAGCGGCGAGGAAUCAAUUUAUAUUUACUUCUCAAACCUUGAAAGUUGCUUGACUUCUAACGCUUGAAACCACAAGACAAAAACAUCCAUUCUGAUACCUCGAUAGGUGGCGGUAACACGGAUAGUUGUUUGGUAGCUACCGGAGGGAGAAGAAGAAGAAGAAGAAGAAGCAAAAAGAAGAAGCAUGGCUGCUGACAUGAGAUUACCAAUUAUUCGUACACCAGUGUCUUUAUUAGAUUCUGCUUUUGAAAGGAAAGAUCUUGUGGUCCCCGGUGAUGUUAUAACUUCAGACACAGGUUUCAUGAGAGGUCAUGGUACCUAUGUAGAUGAGGACAAGCUGACGGCAUCCGUUGCUGGAGAGGUGCAGAGAGUGGACAAGCUGAUCUGUGUAAGACCACUUAAGACCAGGUUUAAUGGAGAGGUUGGAGAUGUGGUGGUUGGCAGAAUCACAGAGGUACAACAAAAAAGAUGGAAGGUGGAGACCAACUCCCGGUUGGACUCCGUCCUCUUGUUGUCUUCUGUUAAUCUGCCUGGAGGAGAGCUGAGGAGACGAUCAGCAGAAGAUGAGCUCACCAUGAGGGAAUACCUUCAAGAGGGCGAUCUUAUCAGUGCCGAGGUGCAGUCUGUAUACUCGGAUGGAGCCCUAUCACUUCACACCCGCAGUUUAAAGUAUGGAAAAUUGGGCCAAGGAGUGCUGUUACAGCUUUCUCCCUCUCUGAUCAAGAGACAGAAAACACAUUUCCACAACCUGCCGUGUGGUGCCUCCAUUAUCCUGGGGAAUAAUGGCUUUGUGUGGUUGUAUCCCACUCCAGAGAUUCAGGAGGAGGAAGCUGGAGGCUUCUACACCAGCUUAGAGCCUGUUGGCCUAGCAGAUCGAGAAGUGAUUUCACGGUUAAGGAACUGUCUACUGGCUCUGGCUGCACACAAGGUCCUUUUGUUCGACACCAGUGUUCUCUAUUGCUAUGAAUCUUCAGUUCAACACCAGGUCAAAGACAUCUUGAAGCCAGAAGUGAUGGAGGAGAUUGUAAUGUUGACUCAACAGAAGCUGUUGGAGCAGGAAGGUUAAAGAGCAUACAUCCGAACUGUGACCUUGUAACAAAACCUAGAUUACAUCAAGUAGCUUCAAAAGGGACCACCAAUGCAAGAACUGAACUUGCCUUUAUCAAAGACCCGUCACUAUUGUGUCAGUCAGUCGUGUAAUUAAACAGUUAAUUAUAUCUUUACUGGCCUGAUGAUUCUGGUUGCCGGCUAUUGGAACGGGCUUUUAAAGCUUUACAGGAUUUAAAAAUGACUAGAGCAGCUAAACUUAAGUUUUACAGAGGUUAAGUGGAAUACUUUGGAUGAUGUGUGAUGUUAUAGAAAAGAAAACUGUUUUAUGCAAUAAAUUUUCUAUAAUAUUUAGGACUUCAA